CCUCAUGUGGAUUUCAAAAUGGUGAGAAAGCUAAAAUUUCACGAAAAGAAGCUCUUGAAAAAAGUAGACUUUAUUUCAUGGAAAAGCGAUAAUAACCUCCGUGAAGUGAAGAUAUUACGAAAGUAUCAUAUCCAAAAGAGGGAGGACUACACUAAAUAUAACAAAGUUUGCGGAAUGGUAAGAUCUCUUGCCAACAAAAUCAAACACCUCGAUGCAAAAGAUCCAUUCCGAGCCGAAGCUACCGAGCAGUUAUUGGAGAAACUUUACUCACUUGGAUUGAUCACGACUAAAAAGAACUUAUCUUUGUGUGAAAAGCUGAGUUCAUCGGCUUUCUGUCGUCGAAGGCUUCCAGUUGUGAUGGUGCGAUUGCGAAUGGCUCAAGCAGUAAAAGAUGCUGUGAAAUACAUUGAACAAGGACAUGUUCGAGUCGGACCAGAAGUUAUCACGGAUCCUGCUUUCCUUGUGACAAAGAACAUGGAAGAUUUUGUGACGUGGACAGACACAUCGAAGAUAAGGAAACAUAUCAUGGAAUACAAUGAUCUUAGGGACGACUAUGACUUUUCAUGAAAACAAACAACAUUCUUCAACUUAGUGAAAACUGAAAACAUGCCAUUUGCCGAAAUGUUCGGGAUUCAAUUUGUUAGUACGUGAACCCUUUACGCCCUAACAACAGUAUACUGUUCUCUGUGCUUUUUCUAUGGCGCUGACAGGAGAGAAUUUGUUUAACAAUUAAGAGCUUCUUUAGUUGGUGAUCAUUUCUGUUAUUCUUGGAACUUUAAUGUUUUAUUCAGGGGUGACAUUUUAUGACCUAACCUUGAAUAAAAUUAAGAAAGUGAACUUAGUUAACUGUUAAAAGUCCACUGUAUCAGUAAGAUGAUAGUUAAUGCAUUGUGUUGGGGUUGCCUAGAGCAAAACAAUUAUAGCAAAACAUGUGUGUUUUAAAACUUUGUACAUUUUUUAGCUGUCCCAUACAGAAAAAAAAUGUGAAAUCACCAACUUUUACGUCCUCUUGGCAAGGAAACCUCAACAGCAAUGUAGUCACUUUUUCACUUUGAACUCAACACUACAUUCACAUGUUAGGCCAAAGUAAAGAUGUGUUACCUUCAGAAACAGUUAACGCAUCAAGCAUAGACAAAAAUCUUAGAGAUAAAUAAAAUUACAUUUUUUCAGCCCUGUUUAAUCACACAUCGCUGUUGUGACAUCUUAAACCUCUCACUAAAAUCCCUUGUUCAAACUACCUACACCUCCACCUGGUUC